UUUACCCAAGGUGUCACACAGUGGGAUUGAACCCAGAACUAUGUAGUUGGGAAGCAAGCUUCUUACCACAGCUAUGCCUGUGUCUAUAAUUUAAAAAUACUAGAAAACCUGAGAUGGUCAUUGCUGAGAUUUAUCCAGCAUUGCUGAGAUUUAAGAAACAGAAAAUAAUGGUCUCUCAAGAUGGUUCAGAAGACAAUUCACAUCAGUUCAAGAUUUUGUUGGCUUCUGACAUUCACCUGGGAUAUAUGGAAAAUGAUUCUGUUCGAGGCAAUGAUUCCCUUGUAACAUUUGAAGAGAUCCUUGAAAAAGCAAAGCAAAAUGAUGUUGAUUUCAUACUUUUUGGAGGAGAUUUGUUUCAUGAAAACAAACCAUCUCGUUCAAUCCUACAUGGCUGCCUGGCACUGUUACGCAAAUAUUGCAUGGGAGACAAACCAAUACAAUUUGAGUUUGUUAGUGACCAAUCUGUGAAUUUUGAACACUGCACUUUCCCAUCAUUGAACUAUGAUGACCCAAAUCUCAAUAUUUCCUACCCAAUAUUUUCCAUCCAUGGUAACCAUGAUGACCCUACAGGUCAAGGAAACCUUUGUUCUCUUGAUCUGUUUCACACCAUUGGGCUUAUUAACUACUUUGGCAAAUGUACAUCUCUUGAUAAAAUAGUUUUGUCCCCAUUACUCUUGCAGAAAGGAAGAACAAAGUUAGCCUUAUUUGGACUUGGAUCAAUUCAAGAUGAGCGUUUACAUCGCAUGUUUCUCAAGAAAAACGUCUCCAUGCUACGACCCAGAGAAGACAAAGAAGACUGGUUUAAUGUAUGUGUGCUCCACCAGAAUCGUGCCAAGCAUUCAGCCACUAAAUAUAUCCCUGAACAGUUUCUAGAUGAUUUUAUUGAUCUUGUUGUGUGGGGCCAUGAACAUGAAUGCCGAAUAGACCCUGAAUGGAAUAAUGUACAGAACUUUUAUGUAUGUCAACCUGGCAGCUCUAUAGCAACAUCACUGAGUCCAGCUGAAGCUGUACAAAAACAUGUUGCUCUUCUUUAUAUUGAUGGUAAAAAUUUUAAGAUAAGUAAACUUCCUUUAGAAACAGUGAGGCAGUUUUAUACUGAAGAUAUUGUUCUAAUGGAAACAAAUCUGAAACCAGAUGAUCUGAAAAUCUCAAAGAAAAUGGAAGACUUUUGUGCUGAGAAAGUUGAUAGUUAUGUCCGUCUUGCUGAAUCCUCACACACAGGACAUGCUAAACAACCAAAGAAACCUCUUAUUCGUCUACGUGUUGAUUACAGUGGAGGUUAUGAACCAUUUUCUUCAUUUCGGUUUGGCCAGAGAUUUGUUGAUAAAGUUGCUAAUCUAAAAGACAUUGUCACUUUCCACCGAAAGAAAGAGAUUGAGAUGAAUAAAACAGACAUCAGUGUUGCUGACAGCAAGGUAUUAACCAACUUCAAAACUGAGAGUUUAGAUGCAGCUCGUGUUGAAGACAUUGUGAAGAAGCAUUUUCAAAAUGCAGAGCCGAAAAAGAAGCUGCAGAUUCUUACAGAGAAAGGCCUAGGUUAUGCUGUGAAUGAAUUUGUUGAGAAGGAGGAAAAAGAAGCAAUAGCUGACAUUGUUAAAUAUCAGUUAUCAGAAACACAGAAAUAUCUGAACCAGAAACAACUGACAUCUGAGGAGAAUAUCUACUCAAUUGUACAACAUUACAAAGAAGAACGAGCUAAAAAGAAUGAGAGCAAUGAUGACUUGAGUGAAGCAUUGAAAGAAUCCCAGUCCAGAACUUUCAGUACUGCAAAAUCUUCAAAUGUUCAGCAUGAUAAAGAUGGUAAUGAAAGCUGCAGCAGCAAUGAGUCCCUUGUGCUUGAUGAUGAUUCAGAUGACUUUGGAGUUACAAAUGACAAUGCAGUACCUAGUAAGUCCAAGCGUGGCCGUGGAAGAGGUGGGAAAGAAACAACCACUUCACGUGGUCGAAGUCGUGGAAGAGGGUCCCGAGGUUCAAGGAGUAAAGCUCAGGUAGUUACUGAAAGCAGACCAUCUUCACUCUUGUCUAGUUAUUUUACUCAGAAGUCAAAACGGAAACUAUCUGAGUCAGAGUAA